ACAGCAGGCAGCGGCAGACAUCCACUCCACUUCAGCUCCAGCUCUGCUUUUGGGGACUAUUUGUCGACUCAAAUUGUUUUUUCAUUUACGUCCACGUACCAUGACCGAACAAUCAGCAUUACUUCUUCGAAAACAGUUGGCAGAGCUUAACAAGAACCCCGUGGAGGGCUUUUCAGCUGGUCUGAUAGAUGAUGAUGACAUAUACAAAUGGGAAGUUGUUAUCAUCGGUCCACAAGACACCCUUUUUGAAGGAGGGUUUUUCAAAGCAUACCUUACCUUUCCCUAUGAUUAUCCACUACGGCCUCCAAAGAUGAAGUUCAUAACUGAAAUCUGGCACCCAAAUGUUGCAAAGAACGGGGACGUUUGCAUUUCAAUUCUGCACGAGCCCGGGGAGGAUAAGUUUGGUUAUGAAAAGCCUGAGGAGCGCUGGCUUCCCAUCCACACAGUAGAGACAAUCAUGAUUAGCGUUAUCUCCAUGCUGGCAGACCCCAACAGCGAUUCACCAGCUAAUGUGGAUGCUGCGAAAGAAUGGAGGGAGGACCCCAACGGUGAAUUCAAAAGGAAGGUGGCCCGCUGUGUAAGAAAAAGUCAAGAGAUGGCGUUUGAUUAGGAGUCAAUUGUAAAUUCCAGGUUAAAGGAAAUGCCUUCAGAGGGAAAAUUUCAGCGAAAGGCUUUUGCACCCCUUGUUUUGCCAGUCAAAGGAAUUGGUUGGCUUCAACCACGUUUCUGUGAACGGUUGUCGUUUUCCGCAAGAUGAGCCAAUUUGAGAACCCUACCAGCGAAAUUCACCUGUUUCCUACCUGGAAUUGUAUAUUUAAUUUUAUUUAUUUUGAAAAAUUAAUGAUGUAAGAUAUGUCACUACUGUAAAUUAACUUGCUUUUUUAUCUGCUGCUGAACAGUUUCUACUUUAUACCAGGUUUCUUAUGCAAUUUAGUGGUCAAGAUUGUGUAAAAACAAACAAAAAGCCCGUUACCAUUAGGUCAUCACUCGUCCUCCCUACUGCAUACUUACCACCAGAUUAAUGUCGGCCCAGCAAAUUUCUGUCGAUAGAUGUGAUCAUUUUGAACACUGUCAUUGAAUCACCGUUGCCUUUUGUUUGGCUUCACUUCCUCACAGUCUGCUUGUUCAGAGAGACAGGUUUAGAACUUUUUAAGGCACUUACAAACAAGUUUUCAUAGUCUUUAUUUUUUUCUCUGAGAAACGGCCUUCUGUUUGAAUCUCCCUCCAAUACUAGCGUAUCUCUGUUAGAUAUUAAAACCAUGACUCUCAAACCUGCAUGACCCCCCCCUUCAAACAGCUCUUAAUUAUGUAUCGUUGCUAGCCGUGGAUGUAAAUUGAAUGGCUUACUCAGCGUUUUGAGAGUUAUAGUUUUAGAAUAUAUCGGCUCGCACAAGGCAUGGCUAACAUUAACAGGAGGUUUGUGCCAACUUCUCAGGAUUAAACUUUUAGUAGGAUCUCAAUUAGCAAUCAGUAAAAUAUAGACCUCUAAUAUUCCCGAACCUUCCCCUAAAACACGCGGCCUUCACGGCCAAUAAAGAUGUCUAUUAAUCACCACUGAGUUGAACGUGUUUUCACGAUUUUAAUUAUAUAUCAUGGACAACCAAAAACAGUCUAUGAAUGUAGCCUAAGCUGUGAUUAUUCUGUUUUGUGUACUGGUUAACUGGCAUCCGAGCUUACCUCAAUUUAAGAAAAAGGCUAACAAAUUAGACGAGGGUUCCGGUUGUUUAACUUCUUAAUCUAUUAACACGGGGAAUUUAAGGGGCUACAUUGUAGAGUUAGGCUAGUCGUUCUUACUUUGUUCAUUGUGGCACAUUUGGCUUUGGAUCAGUGUGUGGGUAAACGAUGUGUAAGUCACUGUCACUAGGGGGUUUAGGCUCUGAGGACUUUGGGUAGAUUGUAAAGUAACGCUCUUAAAUUCUAUCAACAUCUUGAGUUCUGACUUGGUGCAUAUUUAGUCCACAUUGCUCACAUCUUCUUAAUCACUCAAUUUGAGACUUGAAGUUGAGUCACCGCGUAGUAAUGAACGUUCUCAUCGGAAAAGAACACAAUCCCGCAUCUAGGUUUUAUUUUAAAGACUAUACACAGUCGUGUUCGGGUGGAGUCUGGAAACCAUUGGCUUUUGUUCCCUUUCUUUGAUAGUGUUGCUGACUAUUAAGCCAUGAUGACAUCUAUUUUGAAUUAUGAUAUUGUUAUACAUGAUUGAUCUGUGACUGACAUUGAAAAAUAACUAACCGACCUUUUUGGCGCAUGCAAUCAGGUUUGAAGGAGUGGGGUAUGUUUUAAAUAGGAUACCAUUGUUAGUUCAUUCUGGGUGAAUGUGAUGUGUACAGUUAGUAGAUUUCUGUAGACUUGACGAUCACAUAACUGCUGUCAACAUUACCUUUUUAAGUCAGAAUUUUCUAACCUACCAUGACCUCCUCUGACCGGUGUUCACUGUAUUUGCACAGAUUCGGUGCGUUUUGAAAUGUCAUUAAGCAAUACGCUCUGAAAAUGGUGUGUCCAGGUAAUCCACCCUAACGCCAUUAUUUGUUUUGGGGUUUUUAUUUUUCCCAUUUUUGUGUCAAUGCAAUGUAUAUUGGACAUGAUGCUCAAUAAAGUGUGUAAAAAGA